AUGGAAGCCUACGCUAUCUACUCUAGCCUAAGGUCUCAACUAAACUCAAACAGUGCAGCACUAAAAGAAGUUCAAACCACAAAGACUGGCUUUGCACUAUGUCCCUCAUCUCCGGAAGCCCUCCUAGCCCUUGAGGCCCAGAAAGAGAUUAUCUCUGCAUUCUUUGUUAACUGCCAGAUAGAACGCAGCUCCCAAUGGGUCUCAUAUCGAGUUACCAAUGUGCCAAGGAAAAUUGGCCAAAUCUUGAAUGGCCAAUACUCUCUAAUCCCCGUCAAUCCUACACUUCUGUCCUCAGAAAUAAGCGAAACUACAGGGCUUAAGCCCACAUCUAUUAGCGAGACCACUUCAAGCGCUGUCAACCCUGAUACUCCCUCCUCAAGCUGGUUUAUGAACUUCCCAGAAGGCAUGAAAACACCACUACCUAUCCAACUACAUCUUUUUGGUACUAUCACUAAUGCUCAUCCUGUGCCCGCCCCUCUCGAUGCCGGCUAUGUGGCUCCUCAGAGUAUACUGAAAAGGGCCAUGCCAAUCGCUGCACAGCCCUGGAACCUCAUCAAUGCCCUCCUAGAUGCAUACACUGUCAUGGACCAUAUCCAGCUGAUUUCUCAGAAUGCCUCCUACGCCCUAGAGGCAAUACUAAACAUACUAAAGCUCAACAAGCAGAGAUCCGCAAAUCCUGCGCCACAAACCUCGCAAAAGCUCAAACUGAAGAAGGAUGUAGCCCUUAGCUCUUUAUAG